CUUCUCAGACAGAUAUAGUGAGGAUCAGGGUGUUGGGGGCGUGUUCUGCUCAGGCUGUAAAACUCAAAGACAGUUUAGAAAAGCCCUCAGUGUGUCAUUCAUAAAGCCAGAAGAAGUCUGGACCUGAAGAAAAAGAAGUUGUCAAGUCUCACUGGAGUUUAAAUAAACAGCGUCAAUGAUGAGGCCGCAAUCACUCUUGAUCCCCGCCGUGGUUUUGACGCUGCUUCUGAAGAGAGCGCACGCUGCGACCUUCCAAAGUGCGUUGCCACACCCGAACAAAUACAACCCGAACGACUCGGAGCGAUGUCUGCAGCCUCCCAUCACCGGACUCAUCUCCCGCGGGCCCGGGCCCGGACCCGUUUCCUCCACGGACGAGGUGCUGGAGUCCAGUCAGGAGGCGCUGCACGUCACGGAGCGCCGCUACCUGCGCCUGGACUGGUGCAAGACGCAGCCGCUGAAGCAGACGAUCCGCGAGGACGGCUGCCUGAGCCGCACCAUCAUCAACCGCUUCUGCUACGGACAGUGCAACUCCUUCUACAUCCCGAGGCACGUGUACCAGGACGGGAACGCCUUCGAGUCGUGCUCCGCGUGCAAACCCAAGAGCUUCAGCACCGUCACGUACACGCUCUUCUGCCCGGGACAGAUCCCGAGCACCAGGAGGAAACGGGUGCAGCGCGUAAAGCAGUGCCGCUGCACAACGAUAGACACGGAUUAGACUUCUUCUCUUUUUUUUGUCCUUCCACAACGAGAGUAAAGUAACGAGGAACUGACUUGAACCUUCGUUCAAUUGGGGAGAGGAUAAUUCACCACAUAUACCACUGAUUAUUAUUCACACAAGUGGUUAAUUCGGGUGUCUGUGCUGACACUUUGACCUGCAAUUGUUAAUUUAUCACAUUUAACAGGGUACUUUGAGUGCCAAAGAGUUUAAGUUUAAGGUGCAUUCAUAAUGUUUUUCGAGUGUUGGACAUGAAAGAGGACACAUUCAAAAAAAGGGACUUCGAUGGUCUGAUUGUUUCCACUGUGUGGGAUGUAAAGUCAAAGGCUUUCAUGAUAUA